CCGCGAGCGCCUCCACUUCCGCAAGUUCCGCUGUUUGCCAGUGAGCCAAAGUGCGAGUGUUGUUGCCCAACGCACUUGCUGCUUGAUGAGUUCGCUGAACCGAUUCUCGGAAAUCAUAUCGAACAAUUUGAAAAGACCUCCCGUAAAAGAACGUCAUCAUGGAAACGCCGACGCCCCCGGAAGAUCAAGAGCUUCGCAAUGUGAUCGACAAGCUGGCCCAGUUCGUGGCCCGGAACGGUCCGGAGUUCGAGAAGAUGACCAUGGACAAGCAGAAGGACAACCCCAAGUUCUCCUUCCUGUUCGGUGGCGACUACUUCAGCUACUACAAGUGCAAGCUGGCUCUGGCGCAGCAACAGCAGCUCUACAACCCGGGCGCCUUGGACGUGCUGGACAUCCCGCCGCCGCCCGUCCCCAUGAUGGCGCCUCCGGCCCCCGCCUCCAGCGCCGCCUCCGGCACUACGCCAGCCAUGGAUAACGUCAUCCAGCAGAGUCUUUGGAACCUGCAGCACCAGGAGCAACAUCUGCACACGCUCAGACAGGAACAGGUGAGCGCGGCAAUCGCGGCGGCGGCCGAGGAGCAGAUCCAGAAGCUGAUCGGGGAAACUCAUCUGGACGUCGCCGAGAUGGAUAGCCUGCUGCAGCCCAUCAUUGACACGUGCACCAAAGACGCCAUUUCGGCCGGAAAGAACUGGAUGUUCAACAACGCCAAGACGCCGCAGCACUGCGAGCUGAUGACGUCGCACCUUCGCAACCGCAUCACUGUUGAGGGAGCGCAUUUUGAGCUCCGCCUACAUCUCAUCUACCUGAUCAAUGACGUGCUACAUCACUGCCAGCGCAAGCAGCAGAAGGAUUUGUUGGCCGCGCUGCAGAAGGUUGUUGUUCCGAUCUACUGCACCAGCUUCUUGGCUGUGGAGGAGGAGAAGCAGCAGAAGAUCACCAGGCUGUUGCAGCUUUGGGAGAAGAACGGCUACUUCGAUGAGGAGACCAUUCAGCAACUCCAGAAUCCAGCUCUCGGUCUGGGCCAGUACCAGGCCUCGCUGAUCACCGAGUACGCCGGCGCGGUCCAGCCCAUCCAGCUGGCCUUUCAGCAGCAGAUCCAAGUCCUCAAGAGCCAGCACGAGGACUUCGUGGCCAGCCUCCAGCAACAGCCCGCCGCUCAGCUGCCGCCGGCCGCCGACGCAGACAAGCCCGCGACGGCGCAAACAGCUGAGGCGAAGGCCCCAAUUUCAGGCCCUCCGCCGGGCGAGUUUGACGACCCUCCGUCUCGAUCCCAGGACCCCGGCAAUCCCGCCGGACCCUCCGACCUCCCCCCUAAGCCCGCGUGGUACGACUCCCAGCACAUGGGCCCCUGGAACCCCAACCAACCGCCUCCUUUUGACCCUAACCAGCCGCCCCCGCCGUGUCCGCCCUGGAACAGCCACGAGGGGAUGUGGAACGACCAGAGGGAGUCCGGCAACUGGAGUGGGGGUCCGCCCAGAGACGGGGGCCCGUGGAGCGGCCCCGAUCCGGGUCCUCCUUCUUGGAACUCGUACGACCAACAGCCCCCGUGGGGGAACCAGGCCGAACAGCCGCCCUGGGGCCAAAGGGACCCGCCCUAUCCGCCCCGCAUGCAGAGGCCGCCCCACUUCAGAGGUCCCUUCCCCCCCCACCAGCAGCCGCCGCCCUUCAACCAGCCCCCGCCGCCGCACUCUUUCGGACGCUUCCCCUCGCGCUUCAUGCAGGACGACUUCCCUCCGCGACACCACUACGACCGGUCGCCCUACACGCCCCACCGCUUCGACUACUCUCAGGGAGACUUCCCCAGGGACAUGCCGGGUCCGCCGCCCCCUCCCCACCACUCCAACCAGAGGCUCCCUCCCUCCGGCAUGGGGGGCGACCAUCCUCCAUGGGGGGGAUCCCAGCACCAAGAGUACGGGCCCCCGCCCCCCCACGGUUUCAACGGCCAUUCGCCGCACGUGCGCCACCGGCAGCCCCCGGUGCCCGUCCAGGAUGACCCCAGCCUGGUGCCCAAUGUUCCCUACUUCGACCUUCCUGCCGGCCUCAUGGCGCCGCUCGUCAAACUGGAGGACUGCGACUAUAAACCUUUGGACCCAAAAGACAUCCGCCUGCCGCCCCCCAUGCCCCCGAGCGAACGCCUGCUGGCCGCCGUGGAAGCCUUCUACAGCCCCCCCUCCCACGACCGGCCCCGUAACAGUGAAGGAUGGGAACAGAACGGCCUGUACGAGUUCUUCCGGGCUAAGAUGAGAGCGCGCAGAAAAAAAGGUCAAGAGAAGCGCAACAGCGCUCGCGCAAGCAGUCGUUCCAGGAGUCGCUCGGGCAGCCGGGGCAGAUCCUCCUCGCCGUCCAGUUCUCGCUCCUCCAAGUCCAGGUCCAGGUCCAGAUCUCGCUCUUCACGCUCCCGAAGCCGCUCACGCUCCUACUCGCGCUCCAGGUCCAGGAGCGGAUCCAGGUCGUCGCGGAGUCGCUCUCGCUCCAGGUCGCGUUCGCGCUCGCCCACUAGGAGGCGCAGAGGACAAAAAUCACGCAGCUCCUCACCACCCUCCACGUCGUCCGCGGGCGGCGCUCCCUCCAAAGCUCCCCCGGACUCCCGCUUGGGCGAGGAGAACAAAGGGCAUCAGCUCCUCAUGAAGAUGGGCUGGAGCGGCUCUGGUGGUCUGGGUGCCAAGGAGCAAGGCAUCCAGGACCCCAUCAAAGGGGGCGACAUCCGCGACAAGUGGGACCAGUAUAAGGGCGUCGGCGUCUCCCUGGAUGACCCCUACGAGAACUAUCGCAGGAACAAGAGCUUCAACUUUGUGGCGCGCAUGAAAGCGCGAGAGGAAGUGAACCGAGAACCUCAAGAGGCUCCGCCCGCUGAAUGAUGUCAUCAAGGAGCGCCACAUCGUCACCGGUUUUUACCUUUUUCACCCUUUGAAAUUGUCAAACCACAUCUUGUGGAAUGAUUUGUCAUUAAUGAUAUUUGUGUCUACUAUUAGUAGUUGUCUCCCCCCCCCCCCACCAUGAAAAGUACAACGUUGACUGAUUUGUAAUACAAAGUCGUAGAGCGCUAGCGAGACAAGACAGACAAAAAUUAAAUAAACUCCACUCACUCUCGCAAAUGGAUUUGUAGA